AUGGAACUCAUGGAGCUUGUUGAGAACGAGCCUACCGCUCGCCCCUUCCAGUGCGACUGGCAGUCGUGCAACAAGAGCUUCAACAGGAAGUCCGACUUGCAGAGACACUACCGCAUUCACACCAACGAGCGUCCCUACUCCUGCACGACACCUGGCUGUGGCAAGAGCUUCAUCCAGCGAAGUGCUCUCACUGUCCACAUUCGUACUCACACCGGAGAGAAGCCGCAUCAAUGUCAGCACAUUGGUUGCGGGAAGCGCUUCUCUGAUUCCUCAAGUUUGGCCAGACAUCGCCGCAUCCACACUGGCAAACGCCCGUACAAGUGCGCACACGAUGGUUGCCUCAAGAGCUUCUGCCGCAAGACCACCAUGGUCAAGCACCAAAGAAGAUCUCACCAGCGUGGCCUUCACCCCAACGAGCUCAUGGACGACUGCACCUCGGACUCUGACAGCGGCGAGUCACCUUCGACCCCGAAGCACGCAGGCAUGCAGUGGCCUCCUCAAGGCGUCAUGGCCAUGAACCACCCUGGCAUGCACGGCGGCCACGCCAUGCACCGAGCCGCCUCCUUCGCCGACUUCGGACAGCACAUGAACGGCUACCCGAUGCAGCAACAACCCCAAGCCCAGUACGGCGCUCACCGCCACAGCCUUUCAUCAGGCGGCGCCCAUGAGUUCCACGGCCAGCCCGUCCACGAGCAGCAACACCCCGGUGUGCAGAUGCUGCACCGAACCGCGAGCAUGCCCCAGCAUUCGUACUACGUGACGGAGCAGAACAACCCGGGGGUUGCCACCAUGAACACGAACCCCAUGCAGAACCAGUAUGGCCAAGUGCCCCGGCAGCAGCAACCGCAGGUUGACAUGCCAUACUCUGCCGCUGGUAUGAACCAGUCAAUUCAGAGCAGCCCGAGUAGCUUCUCGGCAGCUUCGGGUAGGAGCCCAUCCUCCCAGGAAGGGUUUUACACUCACCAACCAAUUCAAGCAGCCACGUACGCAUUGCACAAUGCCUCCCCCGUCGUCGAGCACCAGCAGCCGGGCAUGGUCCCCUAUCCGCAACAGAUGCAACAGCAGAUUCAUACCCCCCAACCGAUCCCGACGCAGGCGCCCGCGCCGCCUCCUCAACAGCAGGUCCCGAGCCAGUACGCGUCCCCAACACCCCAGGCUCAGCCCGAAGAGUACUGGAACGGCGUUCCCUACCAGGCACCGGUCGAGGUUGCCACGAUCGGCCAGCUCCCGACGUACGGCUCCGGCGUUUACGACCCUUGGGGAGGGCCCAAGAUCGAGUUCGAGGACCCGUCGAUGCAGCUUCCCUCAGCACGGAUCGAGAACCUGUAG